AUGUCGAUAAGGUAACAUUUAUUUAGAAUAUUCUUUUAUUUAGAAUGUCACCACUCCAAAGUAUUGAAUUUUUAAUUAAAUUUAGAAUUUUAAACACGAACCAUAUACCAUGCAUAACAUGUAGGAAGAAGAGAAGCUCCAAACUUCUGACCAAGAAUCUACAACAUUACACGCGCGCACCUACGAGAAGUCUCAUCCAAUUCUCGCACGAAGAUCUCGUCGAGUGCGAGAUCUCGAUCGGUUUCGUUAGCCGACUGUUGGUUCUCUGGUAUAUAAAACCACGUCGUCGUGCACCACGCCUGGACACGAGAGAGUUGGAUAUCGUAGGUGACCAGGUAACCCGGGUGGUGCCUGGUGUUGCACUUGGUGUGGCCUGGCGUGUGGAUGCCUACGAGUGUGUAGGCCAAGAUGGUGGGGCGGGUGGAGUAGGAGGCUUUGCUCUCUAA